AACAAUUUCGACAUUGUUGCGCUCGAACUUUUGUCAACGAACUAUUUUAUAUAUUAUUAAAAUAACCAUGGACGGAAACGAAAAGAUUCUUUCACAAAAGUAACGGAUCAAUUAUUUACAUAGAUCUUUUCAUUUAUUAAAUUCUAUGCAGGAAAUACUUUCGAGAUGAAUAACAUAGAACGUUGCGAAAUUGUUAUGUACGUAGACGAGAAAGGAACGAAUCUAUUUAUCACGCUCGCAUCAGAAUAUGCUUAGAGUCCGUUAAAAUUGCACGUCCCUUUCAGUGACCUUUCAUUCGCCAUUUUCCUAGCGUCGUAAAGAGUAAACUUAUGGAAAACAAUUUUAUACGUAUCCAAACGUAACUUGCGAUAAUAUUUUUCUUACCAUUAUUAUUAUUAUUACCGAGUACUAAAAUAAUAAACCUCCGUGAUCAUUACGACAUUGAUUGAUUCCCUUCCUGCGCGAAACUCAAAUGCGAUUAAAAUUAAUACCCCAAUAUAAACAAUCUUACGUAUUCUGUAAUUUUGUAAGCUUCUUUUCUUCUUUCCGAUAUUGACAAGUUCCUUCAGACAAUCUUUAAACAAGAGCCUGAACAUUUCAAACGUAAUUGUAAAACCGAUCGUACAUUAUCAUUCAACUCUCUCGAACAGUAAAUCGUCUAACAACCGACUGCAUAGUAGUCGUUUGAGAAUUGCUAAAUUAUUGAUCAUUGUAUUCGAGAAAUAUCAUCGAUAGAUAUAUUUUUGUCGGAAUCAUUGUAUACGACGAUCUCUUCUAUAUACACGUAUCGUAACAACAAAUCGCUAAGAGGUUUUAUUCUCUAUUUGAAUUUUCAAUAACAUUUCGAACGUAAUAUAUUACGUAUUCGAUUAUGGUCGAAUUUCUUCUUAAAUUAGUCGUAAUGAACGUGUUAAGAACCACUGGCGAAAGGUGAGCGUCACUGCAUGGCUGGUGCAUAAGCACAAAGCUGUAGAACGAUAUUCGAUCGUUGCACGAGCCGGUGGUAAUCGGCAGACUGGUCACAGGUAGUCGAUUCACCGAUGAAGUAGAAUGGGCCGAGUGUCUGGCGGAGUACUAUCGGGGGAAGGGGAAAACAUUGGUGUUCCGUGCCCGCGAUUCAGCCGCACGUUUCGUCGUGGUUGUCGUCGAUGUUGUUCCCGUCGUGUCAUUCGUGUCAGUCGGUCGUGUAGUCGUCGAGUUGAUUUGCGAAGAAGUCCGCGCAUUGGACUCCGAUGGAUCGCUUGUUCCAUAUCGGCGUCACUACUGCGCAAGCGUAGGCAUCGAACUAUCGAGAAAAUAGAAGAGAAACGCGACCCAAAGUGCCGUGUUUCCCCAGCUAGCAGAACGGAGCUGCCAUCUCAGCGACUCCUCCACAUGUGGACAUCGCCGUCCCGACUCAGGAUCGGCCGAGCACCCAGGAAAAAGACGACACCUUAAGGUGAUAGCUGCUGCAGCAGCUACCGCGACCGGUGAACGAUG